CUAAAGGACAUUGACGGGUCUCACCAAGGCUUCUUCGUCUUUCCAGAUCUGAGCAUUCGCGUAGAGGGAAGAUACCGACUCAAACUCUGUCUAUUUGAGACUAUUGGCACUCAGGUCCACCAUUGCAAGUCCAUUUACUCUUCCGUCUUCAUGGUCUACACUGCAAAGCGCUUUCCUGGAAUGGAAGAAUCGACGCAGCUCUCGCGGGCAUUCGCUGGGCAAGGUCUCAAGGUCCGUGUUCGCAAGAAUGCUAGGGGCAAG